GGAAAUCUUUGCUGGAAAUCUUUAACAUCUCCUUCACGGCACAUUCCGGCACCACAGAGGCAAGCCUUGGAUCAGCUCACAUAGCUAAUCCAAAUACUGUAGCCUGCAGCUCUGACUUCAGGUCAGCUUCAGAGCAGAAAGCUGUGUUUUAGUCCAGUGGAGUUUUGCAGGUUUGGAAGUCAUGGUUGACAGCAUGGAAAUGGAGAAAGAACAGAAGCGUUACUGCAUCCGCACUAAGCAUGUAGUCAUCAUCUGUGUGACGGUGUUGGUGUGUUCUUUGGCACUCGGGGUCGGCCUUGGGGUGGGUCUCUCCAGUUCAGACACCACAACCUCCACCACUCCCAAACCCACACCACCCCCCACAGAAGAGCCCCCUCCGCCUGGCAGGGGGCCCUGCUUGCCUUCCACUGACUCCAGCGGGGAGUGGAACAAUUUCCGUCUGCCUAACUACGUGAACCCGAUCCAUUAUAACCUGCACCUGGAGCCGGACCUGGUCGAUGACACCUACAGUGGCACUGUGGACAUCCAUGUGAAAGUCAACAAACCCACCCGCUACCUGUGGCUCCACAUCAGGGAGACGUUUGUGAGCACCAUGCCCAGGCUGAAGAUGCUGAACAGUCAGAAGGAGGUGGCAGUGAAAAGCUGCUUUGAGUACAAACCUCAGCAGUAUGUGGUGGUGGAGGCCACAGAGGAGCUGCCCGUCACCAGCCCAGAAGAGAUGUACGUUCUCAGCUUGGACUUUCAGGGCUGGCUAAAUGGCUCUGUGGUGGGAUUCUACAGGGUGAUCUACACCGAGAAUGGAGUCACCAAAAAGAUUGCUGCAACUGAUCACGAACCAACAGAUGCUCGCAAGUCCUUUCCCUGCUUUGAUGAACCCAACAAGAAGGCUACCUACAAUGUCUCCAUUACGCAUGAUGCAAACUAUGGAGCUCUGUCCAACAUGCCACAAGAGAACCAGGAAAACCUGCCUGGCAAUAAAAAGAAGACCACCUUCGUCAAGUCCAUUCCCAUGAGUACCUACUUGGUAUGUUUUGCUGUGCACAAGUUUGAAUAUCUGGAAAGAACUUCUGCCUCUGGUAUUCCUUUGAGAAUCUACGCCCAGCCAAGUCAGUUAGAUACUGCUGAAUACGCAGCUAACACAACCAAGAUGAUCUUUGACUACUUUGAGGAAUAUUUCAACAUGACAUACUCCAUUUCAAAACUCGAUAAGAUAGCCAUCCCUGACUUUGGUACUGGUGCCAUGGAGAACUGGGGCCUCAUCACCUACCGGGAGACCAACCUGCUGUAUGAUGAGAACCAGUCAUCCUCCUACAACAAGCAGCGAGUGGCCAGUGUUAUUGCCCAUGAACUGGUUCACCAGUGGUUUGGUAACAUCGUGACUAUGGACUGGUGGGAUGACCUCUGGCUUAAUGAGGGCUUCGCCAGUUUCUUUGAGUACAUUGGUGUGGAGAAAGCUGAACCUUCUUGGGGCAUGCGAGACAUCAUGAUUAUCAGUGAUGUGCUUCCUGUCAUGGUGGAUGACGCCCUCCUUUCCUCUCACCCGAUCAUUGUUGAUGUGUCAACCCCAGCAGAGAUCACCUCUGUGUUCGACACCAUCUCAUACAGCAAGGGAGCAUCCAUUCUCAGAAUGCUAGAGGACUGGAUGGGUAAAGACAUGUUCAGAGAUGGCUGUCGACAAUAUUUGAAAGACUACUACUUCAUGAACGCCAAGACUGCCAACUUCUGGGAAUCUCUUGCCAGUGUGAGUGGUUUGCCAGUUGCAGAGGUAAUGGAUACAUGGACCAAACAGAUGGGUUAUCCUGUGCUGCACCUGACUGUCUCAGAGAUGGAUGCCAAGCUGAACCAAAAGCGUUUUCUGCUGGAUCCUGAAGCCAAUGCCACACAGCCUCCUUCACCUUUUGGGUACAAAUGGACAAUUCCAGUCAAAUGGCAUGCUGUGAAAAGCGACAAGAGUCACUUCGUGAUGUUUAACAAGAGCAGCACAGAGCAAAUCAUCACUGACUACUCACCCUCAGUCGAUGGGCUGCUGAAAGUUAACAAUGAUCACAUUGGAUUCUACAGAGUCAACCAUGACAACAACAUGUGGAACACCAUCAGUGAACAGCUUCAAAAAAAUCACUCUGAGUUUGAUGCAGCUGAUCGAACAAGCUACAUUGAUGAUGUUUUUACUCUAGCAAGGGCAAACAUUAUAGAUUAUGGUAAUGCUUUCAACCUUAUCAAGUACCUGGCAAAUGAGACUGACUACAUAGUAUGGGACCAUGUGGCCACUUCUAUUGCCUAUGUGCGGGACAUGCUCUCAAACAAUGAGAACAAAGAGGUCUACACUUUGUUUCAGAAACUGUUUCGUAACCAUGUACAAGCAAUUGCAAGACAACUUGGAUGGAAUGACGUAGGGACACAAACUGAGAGGUUACUAAGGGAGACUGUGCUUAGCAUCGCUUGUCGGAUGGGAAGCGAAGAGGAUCUGAAUGAAGCCUCUCAAAAAUUUGACCAGUGGAUUGAUGGAAGUCUCAGCAGUGUACCAGUGAACCUGAGACUACUGGUCUAUCAGUAUGGUAUUAAGAACUCCAGCUCAGAAGCAGAGUGGAACAUAAUGUUCCAGAGGUACAAGAAUACUACUUUGGCUCAAGAGAAGGACAAGCUGCUGUAUGGACUGGCAUCUGUGGACAGCGUGGCCCUCCUCUUCAAGCUCCUGGAAGCUACUAAAGAUGAGAGUGUGAUUAGGAGUCAGGAUCUGUUCACUGUGGUGCGAUACGUGUCCUACAACCCGCUGGGGCAGAACAUGGCCUGGGACUGGACCACACUUAACUGGGACUACCUGGUCAACAGGUACACUAUCAAUGACAGGAACCUUGGUCGCCUACUAAACAGAAUCACCACCAACUACAACACAGAGCUCCAGCUAUGGAAGAUGGAGCAUUUCUUCAAUAAAACACUGGAUGCCGGUGCUGGCCAGAUGCCCCGGCAGCAGGCUCUGGAGACAGUGAGAAACAACAUUGAAUGGAUCAAGAAUAAUGGCAACGAAAUCAGUGCUUGGCUGAAGAGCAACGUCAACUAAAACACUGCAGGGAUACAGACACACUGUACACUACCAGAGCAUCUACGGUCAUCUGUGGAUACAUGUGAUCUUUCCUGAUUUUAGCACAUACAUGGUGUGGUCGGGUUGAGUUUGUAUUCUUUUUAAAGGGCCAAAGCAGAGAGCUGGUGAUCUAAAUAAACGUUAACAGAAAAUCAAAACCCACAUUCUCAUUUAGAAGCACUUCAUGUUAGUAAAGACCACAGAAAAUCUGAUCUCUACAGUGAAAAUCAAACUUUUCAAAUUGUAGUAGUCCAUAAAAGAAUGUUUGGGCCUUUACAAGUAUCUAAAGCAUCUGAAUCAGUAAUGUAGAAAUUCUCUACUGCUGUACAGUACCUACCUAUUUAAUGUAAAUUAACUCAAAUAUAUAUAUAGAUGUAUACACACUCCUCAUGUGGAUAUGAAGACAUCAGCUGUCCAUUUUUUCUUUCACCGAUUCUCCUCCUUGUACUUUUAACAUUUUUAUUACAAAUCCUUAUAUAUAUUUUUGUAAAUUUUUAACUUAUAAACGAAAUCUGAAUUAUUUUGUUUGCAACAAGUCACAAAUGCAAAUUUUGUAUUGAACUGAAUUAAAAUGACUUGAAAUCUCAGGAGUCCUGGAUUGUGCACCAUUGUGACUCAUUCUACCUGAUCUCACCUUGUUUCCUUACGUGUCCUUGGUACACACGACUCUGUGUGCACGGAGCUCACAUCGCACAGUGUAUGAUUAUUUGUAUUUUGCUGUUUCUUUAAUAAUUAAUUAUGAUUGUCAUACUCACAAAGUCAGAUCUAAAGGAACUGGAAAUACUGAUGUUAUGUUUUAGCAUAGAUAAUUACUCUUUGGGGGGGGUAUUUGUUUAAAUGUAUGACCAGUGGUUAGACGGCCCAUGUUAUUUCUCUUGUCCUCAGCAAGAGGUCACAAUAUUCACCAGCCCCUAAAAACUUCAAGAACCUCUACAAUUGUGAAAACAUUUAUAUCAAAUCAAAGAUAAGGGUUAUAAAUGUAUAAAACAAUGCAUGCCAUGAACAUCUAAAAAAUAUUUUCCAUAGAAAUCUGCCUAUCAAAGUUGUGUCCUCUGUCAGCUCCGUCAGAUUUUUUGAUAAACUUCAUUAAGUCAGGCAAUAGCAUGGUCAGCUAUAUCCCUGAGGAUCCCUUUUCAAUCUCCUGGCUGUGGUGAAUGCACCAGUACCACACAUGGUCUCAUAUGUUUGACAUUUUUUGAUAUUUUGGAUGAACAAUGUCAAUUUUCCUAUGGUCACAGCUGGAGCAUGUCAACACCAUCUCUCUGUUAUGAUACUUUUUAUUAAACCAUACUAGAUUCAAUUAAAGUAUUUUAUUGAGAUUAUGGAGACAGCUAGCAAUAGCCAAAAAACUAGCUAGCUGCAGUGUUUUCUGCAGAGGGGAAAAAACAUGCCAUUUCAUUAACCAUGUCAGAGUCAACUCCAUCAGGUUUUAUGUGACGGAGUUGACAAAUCCACCAAUAUCCGCUUAAUGAACAUAUAUAACGUAAUUACAUUAUUUUACAAUGUACUCAUGAUUUGUAGAGCAUGGGCAGGCUUUGUUCUGCUUACUGAAUAAUUUUCUUUUAUCUGCUUAUUAAUAAAUAACUUUCCAG